AUGAUUGGAGAGUUCGAAGGUCGCCAGACUCCGCGCUUCUACUAUAAUACUACCGGUUUCUCACCGGCAGCGCGGUCUCCACAACCACCUUCGGGAGUUUACGGACGAUGGGUGCGGCAGGAGGCGGGUUCCGGGGUGCGCCCUAGUCCCACCGGUGCAGCGCAGAUGGACGAUGAAUACGUUCCAGUGGUUGCGCCACCUGAGAUGCCGACGAGUCAACCCUCACAAGAGGACUACCUGGAACCCAGAGUGCCUGAUUAUUCUGCCCUCCCAAAUAACGCCUCCUCGGCUAACCGACCUAUGUUGGCCCCUAUGAGAAGUGACGCUGCGCGGCCUGCCGCCGCUGGCUUUCCUGUCCUUGACAGUGUGACAAAUCCCCAAUACUACACUGAAAGCACCGACCUGAUGCUGGGUCAAGACUACCUUCAACCAUCAAUACCAGGUUCAAAAAGCCCCGACGAGAACGCGCGCACAUGA